CUAAAGUUAAUUAAACACACAUGCAAGGGAGCUGAAUGCCAAAGAUAUAAGAUUUCUGAUUUUCCUCUUCACAUUGUUUUUCAUUCAGUUUUGGUGCAAUGGUAAACCUGCAGAAGGUGAUCAUUUGGGAAUUUCCUGCUGAUGCAAUUUCAGAUAGUUCCUGUAUUUAAUACCAGCCCUGGUCAGCUGAGCUGCAGAGCAAGAGUUAGCUCAGGAUACAGAGAAGAAAAAUAUCUGCUCCUACGAUUUAGAGAAAGAAAGGUCUGGCAUGUGGAAAGAUUCUCUCCAAUGGCAUCCAGAUUCCAGAGAUCCUCAGGCCGACAACUUACAGGUUAUUCUGAAGAUGAAAUCUGCAAACAAGAUUACUUCAUUAAAUCACCGCCUCCUCAGCUUUUCUCGUCACAGGGCUCCUGGAAAAAGCGAUAUUUUAUCCUGUCGAAAAAUGGGGGAAAUUGCUACAGCCUUCUGUACUUUAAAGACCAUCACUUUAGGGGUUCCAUUGAAAUUGAUCAAAUUUCCAGAAUCGAAGUCGGCAUAAGCAAUUUUGAGAAAAUGGUCUCUAUCCAGAAGAUGUUUAAAUGCCAGCCUGAUGAAGUAAUGUCCAUCAAAACCUUGAACAGAGAUUACUUUCUCAUUGGAAACAGCAGGGAGAAGAUUGAAGAGUGGGUUUCCUUCAUAUCAGCCUGCCUGGAGCAAGAGGCUGUACAUCAGAAUGCACAAAAUCAUAGUUUGAAGCAGGAAGAACUAAGAAAACAGACCAACUUUGCACUGUCUCUAGAACCCAGAGGAAAUAUGAACAUCUACCAAAGCCUACAAGAUAUCCAUGAUGUACAGGAGAAACACACUUCAGGAGACCAAAGACCAACUUCAGACCCUGGUCCUUCUAAUACUUUAGAAUCCAAGGUUCACUCCAGCCCACCAAGAUGGAGUCUCCCUGAUAUGGAAUUAAAAGACAGGUGUCCUCCCGACCCCAGGCAGCCUCAAUUUCUAUCUGAUUUGGCUGCUGAGAGUAACCAAGACGAGGAAGAGAAUGUCUAUCUUUGUCCACGAAGUGUUCUUGCUCAGCUGGAGAAUGACACUGUUGCUUCCAAUGAUUCUUUUAAGCCUAUUGAAUCCAGUGGCCUAGACCAGAUGACCAAAACAAGUGAUGCUCUUUAUGAGCCAAUGAAAUCUUGUUCGGGUGAAGAGAAACACCACCAGCCCUCUGGCAAUAAAACUGAUUUCCCAACCCUUCCAGAAAAUGAGGUCAAAAAGCAACUCCUGGAGAAUCAGGAUCCAAGCAAUGAUGCACACAUUUCACAAAGCACCAAGGAACUGAAGAUCAGGAACAAAAGAAAGGGCUCAGGAUCAUUAUCUGCUGUACAGUUGUCUAUAAUAGUCAACAAUAUCAUUGAUGAAAGUCAACUAGAAGAGGUGGACAUAUGCAUUCCUCACACAGAUAUCAGCAGUUACUUAACAUUCACCGAAGCUGGAGGACGGUUAUGUGUGGCCAGGUGGGAAGGACCACAGCAUUUGGGAUGUAUAUUUCACCACGGGGAUUAUGUAUCAGCUGUGAAUGAUCUAAAGCCCCAGACCAUGGAGGAGAUUUCCUUAUUUCUCAGUCGCUCCAUAAGAAAGGAGGUGAAAUUGUCUAUCCAUCGGAUCCCAAAUUCAGAUAAAUUCCAUAUUAAAGCCUGCACCUGUUCAUGAAGUGCACUACUUUUGUGCCCAUUGAGGAAACAGAAGAAAGACUGUGUGCUGAAUAAGAGUCGUGAGCACUGGGGAUAAAAUGGAUAAAGCAAUAUCAAUUUCCCAGAAAAGGAGGGUUUUUCCUGCCCUUCCUGGUAGCCCUGACUUAAUCUCUGUGCAUUUUAUCUUUUCCGAGAUCUUUACUACUAAGAUAAGACUUUUCUAGGACCAACAGUGUGUUUCACAUUCAGGCCAGGCUUUAUAUUGCAAAGGAACAUGUGGCCAAUAAAUUUUACUGGCCAGAAGAUAAAGAAAAAAUAAACCUAAAGGCUAUUGGCCAAAUUUCAUUAAA